AGAAAUGCACAAUUGCCGGUGAAAACAUUGCGUCAAUCACACGAAUUUUCCAAAUGUCUGCAAGUAUUUUUUGUACUUUCCAGUAACUCAGCAAAAGUAAAACAUUUAACAUGUCUAAAAUGUUGAUAAGAUUAGCUUCCCGCGGUGCUGCCGGAUUCAGUGGGAGUGGUGCCGGAGUGUUCGGUCGCAAAACAAAUGUAGCCGAUCCCAGCCGAUAUACCAACAGCUCCUGGCUGUGGAAACGGUUUCAGCAUACACCCGGAACAUCAGACCCCGUGAAGGGUAAAGGUCCGAUCACGUGGAAGAGUUUUGCAUUUAUUGCCACCGCCGGAAUCGGUGUGUUGGGCUUCAUGUGGUACGUGAAGGACGAAAAGGAGCAGGCGCUGCUACGGGAAAGAAAACGGCAGCUCGGAAAGGCAGCGAUCGGGGGCAAAUGGGAACUCAUGGAUUCGGAGGGCAAACAACGCAAAUCGUCCGACUUUGCCGGCAAGUGGUUGCUUAUCUAUUUCGGCUUCACGCACUGCCCGGACAUUUGUCCGGACGAAUUGGAAAAAAUGGCGGCAGUAGUAGAUUACCUAGAGAAGGAGGAAACAGCCGACCCGGUACAACCCAUUUUCAUCACCGUCGAUCCACAGCGCGAUUCGAAGGAAAUUGUGGGCAAAUACGUGAAAGAGUUCUCGCCGCGGUUGCUCGGGCUUACGGGAACCGUCGAGCAGGUAGCGCAGGUCUGUCGUGCAUUCCGUGUCUAUUUCAGUGCCGGUCCCAAAGACGUCGAUGAUGACUACAUUGUAGAUCACACGAUCAUUAUGUACUUGGUCGAUCCGAAUGGCGAGUUUGUGGAUUAUUAUGGCCAGAACCGGGAUAAGGACGCAAUCAAAAACUCGAUCCUGAUGAAUAUGGUAAAGUUCAAACAAUUGCAUAACAAAUCGUGGUGGUAAUUCGUUGUUACUUCAGUAAAAUGUACAUGAAAUGUGUAGUAUUGGCAGAACAUAUGAAAUGUUAA